AUUUUUUUUGUGGUUGACUGUAGCUGAUUGUAUGAUUCAGUCUAGCAGAUUAUCAGCUGAACCUUUCUUGUUGAGACAUGAUAGGUUUUUCAGUAUAUUCUAUAAUCUAUUGUAGCUCCCUCACUUUAACAAAAAAGAAAGUGACCUGUUGCUGCCUGCGUGUGAGGAAAUUCCUCACUCAUGGUUGUUGUUUCCCCACACUUCCCCAAAAGAUUUUCAGCCCAUUUCUCCCCCCUGUUGCCAUUUUAAGAUCAUGUUAUUAUCACAGUGUAGCAUUCUUCUUUCAUUUCUUUUCAGUUUUUUGAAGUGUGUAGCGUGAAUGUCAUUGACCAACUCAUCUUGGGAUUGCCAGCUGUUUGGAAACCACACGCACACACCUGCCAGGUAAAACCCAGCAUCCGUUUUUUCAUGUGUACAUGCUGUUCACCUUGUUUGACCUAUGUUUUUGAAAUCUGUUGCUAAAUUUUCUGAGUGAUUGACUUAGCUGGAGUAUCACUGUAUUUGGUGUAACCUUGAGCAUAUCUGCAGGCUACAUCUCUGUAACUGGUGCUCCAGUACUGAGGUUAGCGCAGCCGCUAUAAUCAGCGAAGUGUCCCUGGCUGGUACACCACACAGUUUCUGGGUCAGUCCUCAGCCCUCUGAGAGGGCCCCAUCCACAUGAGCAAAACGAGAAAGACAGAGUGAGGGUGGGAGUGAGAGAGAGAGAGUGGGAAAGGUAUUUAUAGAAAAAUGGGGCUUCGCAGUACCUUUUCUUGCAAAGAACCAUUUCAGGACCAAGUGAAUGUGUCCCAGUUUUCUGAUUGCCGCUCAGCUAUAGGGUUUGGACGGAGGCUGUGGCUGGACUGCCUCACCCAGUAUGGAGAGCCUGACUUUAAGAUGCUCUGGCCUUCCUCUUCUCAGCUGCACAUUGCUGGAUGUCUAGUUGAAAACAGAGGAAGGCUUCGGCCCAAAUAACCAGAUGUGACCUUUUAGGUGCGUUUGAUUUGCAUAGCUGCGUGGAGGCUUCUUGAGGCACUUUGCUCAGGUGAGGAGCAGCACGAGGGUGUCCAAGGACACUCUUCGGCUGCGUCAGCCUCCAGGCCGGGGGUGAAGGGAGGCUGGCUGGAACGUGCCCUGCCGCAAGCCGGGCAAGGAUGAGGCGUUUCCUGAGCAGAAAGGGCCGCUUCUCCCUGCGCCAAAGCAAGUCUGGGACCCGGAGUGCCUCCAAAGAUUUCUACACACAAGUUUCAUUUUCUGUCCGUCCUGCAGACCUUGGCCUCCCUGCCACAAAUCAGAACUGGCCGGAAGCGUUUGGCUUCCGACUGGGUGGCACUGGGCCCAGUUAUAUCCUGUCCGUGGUGGAGGGCAGUAGCGCCUACCUAGCUGGCCUGCAGCCCGGGGACCAGGUGGUGGACAUCGAGGGCCAGGACGUGACCAACCUCAGCACGCCAGCAUUGAUCGCUCUGGCUCAGACACUCAAGACAGUGCCACCGAGCAUUGGAGUGGUGUCACGAAUCGAACAGAUUGACAUCACUCCUGGUCCAGAUGGACGCUUUGGCUUCACCAUCGUUGGAGACAGCCCCCUGAUGGUAGAGGACUGCAUGCCCAAUGGUCCGGCGGGUCGCAGUGGCCUCAAGGCUGGGGACUACGUCAUGGAGGUCAACGGCAUCCCGGUGAAGCACCACGAAACAGCAGCAGCCAUGAUCAAAGCAGCUCAGGGUCGCCCUCUACGUCUUGGCGUGCUCAGUAUGGCCCGGCGGCCCAAGCGACUGAGCAGCAGCAUGAGGGUGUUGUCCCAGAGUGGAGACAGCGUCAGGGAGAGCCGCGCCCACAAGGCCAUGGAGUUCAAUAAGAAAGUGGAAGAAGUACUAGGGGAGGAGCCAGAUGUGAAGGAACAGCUGUUUGAGGUGCUCAAGCAGUAUGCCGCUGAGAGGGACGUGGAGAGCCUGGCUGAGGCCCUGCCCGACAUCUUAAUCACAGAGGAGCAUCAACAGCUGAUCGACAGCGUCAGGAUCUUCAUUCCCAAGAAGCACCGGGAGCGUUUUGACGAGGUGGUUUCCCAGAGUCUGAUGAGCCGGCUCAAAGGGCGGAGUUUCAGUGACCCUAGCCGUAACCACCUUCGCCGCAGCCGGAGCGAAGAUCACCCCGAACGCCUCCUGGUCUCCACCCGUGCCAGUUCAGUGCCACGCACCCACGCAGAGGAAGGCGGGGUCCUCCCAGCCCGUGGCAUGCGCAAGACCACUUCGCUCAUAGCUGGGCACUCCAGCGGGACCACCACCAACUGCAGAACAGUGAGGGUGUGUAAGGGCAACAUGAGUUUUGGCUUCACUCUAAGAGGCCAUGCUCCAGUGUGGAUUGACUCUGUCAUCCCUGGAAGCCCAGCAGACAAGGCAGGUCUAAAGCCAGGAGACCGCAUCCUGUUUCUCAAUGGACUGGACAUGAGGACCUCCUCCCAUGAGAAGGUGGUGUCCAUGCUCCAGGGCAGUGGUGCCAUGCCUACCUUAGUCGUGGAGGACGGUCCGCCUACUUUCACCCUGGCGGAGCAGGAUCUAUCAGGGGGCAGCGUUCCCACAGAACGUGCUCGCUCCCCUGUGCUCAGCUCCCUGCAGUGGGUGGCAGAAAUUCUGCCCCCCAGUAUCCGGGUUCAUGGCCGCACCUUCGGACAGCAGCUGGAGCACCUACUGACCAUCCAGGAGAGGUACACAAUCUGCAAGGCUCUGGAGAACUUCUUCCAGCACAGGACUGUUGACACUCUGAUCGUGGAUGUGUUCCCGGUGCUGGAUACUCCAGCCAAACAGGUGAUCUGGCAGUUUAUUUACCAGCUGCUGACAUAUGAGGAGCAAGAACACUGCCAGAGCAAGAUCUCACGCUUUCUCGGAUACAAAGCACCAGUUCCACCACCACCACCUCCUCCUCCCCCUCCUCCAGAGCCUGAGGUUGCCCCCGAGCCCCACCGCCGUAGCAGCUCCAUGAGGGUGACAGGGACCACGUACAGGAGCAGUGUGAGGGGACGUAGCUCUGAUGACCUGGUCAUUGGCACACACUUGGGCAUGGGCCUCCGUGCAGAGCCAAUGCUGGAAACAGUGAUGAGGUUGGCUCCGGGAGAGAGACAGUCAGGAGAUGGUACCUCCCUUCCUGAGACACCCAACAACCUCACCAAUCUGUCAGCAGUGUAUGCUGAACUGGAGAACAUGUAUUCAGCCAAGAGGUCCAAGUCUCUGAAGAGUCGUCCUCCUCCUGCCCCUGAGAGUUUGCUGGAUCUGGAGCCUCCCUCACGCACAGCCUCCCCUACUAUACAUGCUAACACAGGUAGCCGUAAAGGCCCCCCACCACCUACAUCCUGGCCAGAGCCUCUCCCCAGUCCCCCUGCAGCCCAGUUAUAUCCAUCAGGGCUGACAAGCCAGACCAGUGGUGAGUCCAACCCUUACAUCAGCCUGGACAGCCCCCCUCCAUCACCACCAGAGCCCCCUGAUUACCCAUCUAGCCCCCCCGCCCACCGCAGCAGCAAGAGGCGCUAUACCUUCUCCAAACCACCACGCUCAGAAGACACAGACCGUUUUCUGGAUGCACUGAGUGAGCAACUGGGACAGAGGGUGGCCAUCAUUGAUGACUUCCUGACCCCAGAGAAUGACUAUGAGGAGGAUAUUGUGCAGAUGGGUUUCCCAGAUGAGGAGGAUGAGGAUAAUGAAGAGGAGCUGGGGGUGGAUGAAGAUGAAAAUGGAGGAUUUGUAGCCCCAGAGCUCAGCAGUCCAAGUGAUGUUCAAAGCAGCAGUGGAGAAGAGAAUGCCUCCUCCCUCACCUACUCUUCCUCCUCCGACCACAUCCCUCCACCUCCAAUGACCCCUCCACCGCCCCCACCUGUUCAGUUCAAUGACCCACCUCCUGCCCCUCCAGCACCUGCACAGACUCAGUCUCAGCACCAACAACAGCAACAGCAGCCUCUGCUUAGCUACACCCCUGAACACUCCCCAAGAGCAUACGUGCCCAUCCGUCGGAAAUCUGGCCCCCCUCCCCCACCUCCACCGCGCAGUAAUCCACCACCUAAACGCCACUCCUUACAUAAAGUGCUGCCCACAAGAGAGGACCUGCAGGUCCAUGCUACCAUACAAGAGCUAAAAGCCUACCAAGAACAACAAGUUUACCAGGAAAGGCAAGCCUAUGAGGAGCAACAAGCAUAUAAGGAGAGGCAAGCAUUUGAGGAGCAGAAAGCCUAUGAAGAACAACAACUGUUCCAGGAGCAGCAGGCUUACCAGGAACAACAGGCCUAUCAGGAGAAACGUUUCAAAGAGAGACAGGCUUAUGAAGAGCAGAAAGCAUAUGAGGAGCAGAAAGCUUUUGAAGAGCAACAGAUGUACCAGGAGCAACAAGCCUACCAAGAAAGACAAGCAUAUGAACAGCGUCAAGCCUACCAAGAACAAAAAGUGUAUGAACAGCGUCAAGCCUACAAGGAACAAAAAGCAUUUGAAGAGCUUCAAGCAUUCCAGGAGCAAAAGGCUUAUGAAGAGCGUAAAGCUUAUGAGGAGCAAAAAGCUUAUGAAGAGCGUAAAGCUUAUGAGGAACAAAAAGCCUAUGAGGAGCAACAAGCAUAUCAAGAGCAACAGAUUCAACAGAUUUACCAGAGCCACCACUCGAUGCCUAACCAGCCAACACAACAGAAAGCCCAUUCACCACUGCCUCUUCAGCAACUCCACCAGUCCUUACCCCCCCUCCCCUCUACUGACACCGCCCAUCACCACACAAACCAUCCUCUAUAUAUGCUGCGCCAAGCACAGCAGCAACAGACCCACCAGACUCAUCACCACCGCCGUCAGUCCCGUUCCGCCCCAUCUCCACACCAGCCAUCACCCCAACCAACAGUCCAUCCCAGCCAGCAAGGUCAGUAUUCUGAAGGCAUCUACCAAAGCCAUCAGGGCAUAAGAGCUCAGCCUCAUCAUUCUUCUGCAGAGAUGCUUCACCAGAUGCACCAAGCUUCAGCCCAUCACUCCUCCACAGAGAUGCUUCAUCAGUUGCAACAAUCCCAGGCUCAUCACUCAUCUGCAGAGAUGCUCCAGCAGAUGCAGCAAGCUCAUGCACACUACUCAUCAUCAGAAAUGCUCCAUCAAGUGCAUAAAACCAAGGCCCAUCAUUCUUCAACAGAGGUUUUGCAACAAGCUCACCAAAUACAACAAAUGCAGCCCCACCACUCCUCAACUGAACUUCUCCAUCAAGCUCACCAAAUGCAUCGGGGACAGGCGCAUCAUUCAUCUACUGAACUACUCCAUCAAGCCCACCAGAUGCAACAAACCAAGCCCCACCACUCCUCCACAGAGCUGCUGCAUCAAGCCCAUCAGAUGCACCAAACUAAGCCCCAUCACUCCUCCACAGAGCUUCUGCAUGAAGCCCAGCAAGAGCCAGCCUCCCUCCCAGUUCAGUUAAACCGAGACAACCUCUCCCAUCAGAGCCGGAGAAGUCUUAAAGGUCAUCAUCAGACCCAAGUGCCGCCGCAAGGGAGACACCAAGAGCAGCAAAUCCACCAAUCCCAUCACUCACAACCCACCAAACCAUCUCCACAAAGACCCCACUCUAUCCAGCAGACCCACCACCACUCCAGCACACCUCAGAUCCACCACAUCCACCACAUGACCCCACAGCCACCUCCACAGGACUACCAACACCAGAUUCAUGUUAUCCACCCUCCCCAGCAGCCCCACAGGCCUCAACCCCUUCUCUCCACCUUCCAACCUCUCCAGCCACACCAACCCACCCUCUCUACUUUCCAGCCUGUGCCCCAACAGCACCAAUCCCAACACCAAGUCCAGUCCUCCACCCAAACCGCCCGUCCGCAGUCCCAGCCCUCACAUCACCUGCUGCAGUCACCACACCCGCCUCAAACUCAGUCCCAUCCUAAGCAGUCCCAUGGUCAGCCCCAGUCCCUCCCCCACUCUCUAUCUGACCCAUCAGAGCAUCUGGAGCCUCCACCUCCUCCACCCCUGCCCCCACCCUGCUCCCCUCCACCUUUGCCCAGACCUUCGCUCUCCAGGAUGGACUCUAACCACAUGAGCGUCAAGAGGUUGCGCUGGGAGCAGGUGGAGAACUCAGAGGGGACUAUCUGGGGACAGCUGGGAGCAAACUCUGACUAUGAGAAACUGCAUGACAUGGUGAAGUAUCUGGAUCUUGAGCUGCACUUUGGGACGCAGAAGAACCCCAUGCCUGCUCCAGAUCCAACCCCCCAGCUAGAAUCCUUCAAGAAGAAAGAUGUGAUCGAAAUUCUGUCCCACAAGAAGGCCUACAAUGCAUCCAUCCUGAUAGCCCACCUGAAAUUGUCUCCUGGGGAGCUGCGUCAGGUGCUGAUGAACAUGGCUACUGACAGACUGGAGCCAGCCCACAUCAAGCAACUGCUGCUGUAUGCUCCUGAUACAGAGGAGGUGAAAAAGUAUGAAGAGUACAGACAGGACCCUAGCAAACUCAGUGAGCCAGACCAGUUUGUGUUGCAGAUGUUAUCAGUACCUGAAUACAAGACCCGCCUGCAGAGCCUCCUCUUCAAGUGUACACUGCAGGAGAAGACAGAGGAGUUGAGAGGAGCGUACGAAUGCCUCUGCAAGGCUUCGCUGGAGCUGAGGGCAAGCAAGAAGCUGGCUAAGAUACUAGAGUUUGUGUUGGCAAUGGGGAACUACUUGAAUAACAGCCAGCCUAAAACCAGUAAGACGACAGGCUUCAAGAUUAACUUCCUUACAGAGUUGAGCACAACCAAAACAGUGGAUGGGAAGUCAACAUUUCUACAUAUUCUGGUCAAGUCGUUGUGUCAACACUUUCCUGAUGUGUUGGAUUUCUCCAAAGAUUUAACCAUGGUUCCUCUUGCAGCCAAAGUAAAUCAGAGGACUAUCACAUCAGAUCUGAAUGACCUUCAUACAACCAUCCAAGACAUUCGCACUGCUUGUCAGAAGAUGCCUGCAACCGCUGAGGACCGCUUUGCUGUUGUCAUGAGCAACUUCCUAGAAAACAGUCAUCCAGCAAUCCAGUCUCUGGAGUCCCUGCAACAGAGAGCUAUGGAAGAAUUCAGCAAAACCACCUCUUUCUUUGGAGAAGACAGCAAAGCCACCAACACUGAGGCCUUUUUUGGUAUUUUUUCUGAGUUCAUGGCCAAAUUUGAGAGAGCUCUAAGUGAGUGGCAAGCUGCAGAAAAUCUGAAGAGCCCCAGGAGUCCACGAAUGGCCUCCCCGCUGGCCUGGUAACACACACGCACACACACGCACACAGAUGACUAGUCAUACAGUAUAUAUACAUGUACACUUACACAUCCACAGACAUACUGUACGCAUAUACUGUACAUAUAUGCACACACAUGCACAAGCACACACACACACACCACUGGACAAUUCUGAGCAAAAAACAAGAUUUUAUGUGUUAAUGUGUUUUUGGUGAAAUAAAGGAGAAACUUUUGGAUCAAAGAUGGACAAUUUAGCUUUAUACCAGUGGCGUAGUAUAUAUUGUUAUGUCUUUUCAAAAGAGUUUUUCUUGAAGUCUAAGACUUAAAUGGCUAAGGCUGCUACAUAGAAACUAACUCUGUUUGGACAGCAAGGUAUCUCUAAUAUUUGAAACGUAGUUACUCUGUAACAUCCAAUAGUUUAGGUUUUCUUUGCCUUAGUUCUGAUCACCUGUAUAAGUGUGUUAUGACAGUUCUACAGUCGAAUCCUUGUUAUAUAUCAGUGAAUAAGAUAUAGAUUUACAAAAUUAAAUUAUUAUUCUGAAAUAGAUAUGUAACUGAAAUGCAUUCGCCUUCUCUUGUUGGAUUGGAAGAAAUCAUUAAAGCGGUUUUCCCGUUAGUUUACAUGGUCAGCAAUUUUGUAUGCCACCCACCACACUGAAUGUUACAUAAGUUCUUUACUGACUAAGCGUAGCUUAUUUUCUCAAGUAAAUGCUCACUGAAAUCAGCUGCAUUGUAGCUAUGCCUCACUGUCAGCGUUUUCUUUUGCCUUCUUUAUCACUUGCAGCCAUAUCAUUUCUUUUCUUAACAGUUUUGUUCCUGUAUAAUACUUAAAUCCUAAUGUUACUAACUUGCAUAUAUGAGAUAAUGUCAGCUGGAGGUGGACACUUACUAAGUUAAGUUUUCUGAGGCUAAUUUUUAACUGGCCUAAAGUCAUUAACACGCUGCAGGAAGUAGAAGUGGGAUUAUGUGGAGCCUACAGCGGGCAGUGUGCAAUAUGUGAUUGUUUAUCUGCGUUCCACUGUUAGAUAUUGUACUCUUUAAAUUAUAACAGAGAUUUAUUGUGUUUCUACUGUACAGAAUGAUAGUGGAUGCAAAGGACAGCAGCUACAAUAUACUGUAUGAAGCACUUUGUUGCUUUCAUGUAUUACCCAAAUAUUUCUCUUAUUGACCGUGUCAUAUGAAUCGACCAUGAUGUUUUACCACUGAGACGGCAGCAGUGCCAUUUAGUGUAGCAGACGUAUCAUUUUCGAGCAGUUAAUAGUACAGCAUACCAACUUCUCAGACGUGCCAGCGCUCUGUAAAACAUAAAGCUUACUCUUCAAGUGAUGUUUUUAAUAAGUAAAGCAAAUUGUUACGAUAAGAAUAAUAUGUCCAGCCAGUAAAAGCUCUGUUUUCUAAAGGUCUAAGUUGCUUUUUUUCUGCUUAAAUUAUUGAAUGUAAACCUCUAAAGCACCGCUGUCCAUUUAAGGCCUAUAAAGUGUUAAGUCUGUAUUUUGUAUGGUAUCCUAACAAUGCUGAUAAAGAGUGGUAUGAAAUCUA